AUGGCAAAAGAUAAAAGCAAGAGCAAAAGUAAAAGUGUGAUGAGCAAACAAAGUGGAUUGAGUCCGCCGAAAGAAAGUGAAAUGAGACCUGAAAAAGAGAUGAGGAAAUCGAAAACUGAAGAUGUUACGACUGGAGAUGUAAGUUCACAGCCUUUUGGAGGGUGAAUCGAGCGAGGGAGAGAGAGACGCAGUUUCGAGACCAAGAAAAACUUUAAAAAAUAUUUUUUCCGCGUUUGGUCUCGAAACGUAAGUUUUGUAUUUCUCUCGGAGAAUUGUGUGUUUUAUAGCUUUUGAAAUUUUUAAAUGGCUUGAGAUUUUUGGCCACAAACUUUUUGAAAGGAAAAAAAUCUUCAAAUUUUACAGAAUGACAUCGAUAAAACCCAAUGGGAAUAUUCUCGCUUCAAAGACGAAUCAAAAGGAAUCAUCACAACAGAUCCGGAUAUAAUUCAACGCGAAAAUGAAAAAGUCGGCGAAUCGACGCCGCUUUUGGCCGAAAAACGACAAAUUAUGUUGGUUCGAGGAGAACAACUCAAAAAGAUUCCUUUUGUCACGAUUGCGUUGCUCAUUUUGGAAAUUGUAAGUUUUUUGGGGUUUUGGGUGAAUUUCAGUGGUCUAGGAAAUUUCAAUUUUGAAAAAAUGACGUGGAAAAAGUGAAUUUUUUCAGUAAAUUCGAAAAAAAAUCAGGAAAUUCUUAGAAAAAAUUUAUGACGUGGCGAAAUCUGGUUUUCAAAAUUUCAGUAUUUUUAAAAUUCUUCCAAAAUGAAAAAAUUUGAAAUUUCAAUUCUAGACAAAAUGCCACGUCAUAACUCUAACUUCGUUUUUUUUUGAGAGGAUUUGGAAAAUUUCAAGAAAGAUUUUCAGAAUCUUUAGAGAUUUUGGGAGAAUUUAUGCGGAAAGUUUAAAGAUCUAUUGAAAUUUGAAAAUUUUCGAGAUCUCGGAGGAAAAUUUCUGAAGUUUUUAAUUUUUUCCAAAAAAUUACAAUUCUGAAUUUUCAAUUCUCGGCUAAAUGCCACGUCAUAAGUUUAUUUCAAUCUCAAAAAAUCUUCACAUUUUUUUCAGUUAAUAACAAUAGCUGUAAUGAUUUGCUGGUUUGGUCAUCUCAAUCAAAAUGAAACAAUUCCAAUCACAAUUUGUUGUGCAAAUUUGAUAAUCGCAAUUCUUGCAAUUCUAAUCCUUCUCGCAUUGGAAACGACUCGAAUGCAUGUGAAAAAAGAAGAAUUGAAUGAUCAAGGAGAUUAUCGAUUUCGAAUUCCAUAUGAAUAUAAAUAUUGGAUGUGUAUGAGCCAUUUAUUGAGAGCAUUUCUAACUUGUGCAAAUAUCACAAUUGCUGCUUUGGAUGAUAAUUUCGAUAAUGGUGUAAUUGUGGUUAUUGCAGUUCAGCCACUUUUACUUAUUCUAUCUUUGGCACAUGUAUUUUUUUCGAUUAGACCAUAAAAUUGUUUCAAACUUUUUCACACACGAUAUGUAUUUCUACAAUUCGCCAAAUAAAAAAACUCGGGCCGAUUUUUUUCGAUAACAAAUAAGCUUUUCUUUUCAAGAUUUUUCAUAUUUCAGCGCUGAGCUGCAGCUUCAGGCCUAGUAAAAAAGUUCCAGAAAAAAUUCAAAUUUUCUGCGCACAAAAUUGUGUGCAUUGGAGCGCACUUUCUCUCUCUCAUUUCCAUUUUUUUUUUCAAUUCUUGGUUUUUUCUUUUUUCGCUGGAAAUAGGACAUUUUAGAAUUACUACUUUUUAAAAUUAUAGUUAUUUGUUGGAAAAAUUUUAGAAACCGGCAAUCGGUCGAAGUGAAUAUGGGAUCAAUAUCAAUCAAUAUCACGCUUGGGUUAAUUAUGAAAGUAUGCUGAAAGCUUGCAUUGUUGGACCAUUUAAAGGAGAUUUGAGUAAAUGUAAGAAACCUAUGAUGAAAAAGAUUUUUAAAAAAUUAUUGUGUUCAGUGAAACCAUAUUUGCCACAAACAACAUCAGAUGACAAGAAAGUUCCGGCUUCAAAUUCACCUUUUGCAGUUUAUUUGUGGACCUGAUGGAUUUAUCAUAACUGCAAAAGAGUGAGUUCAAUAUGAUAUUUAAAAAUAAAUAGGGUUUUUUUCAGAUCAUUAGAGGAAUUAGGAUUAUCGAGUGAUGAUGUGCAAAUUUCCCAAGGAUAG